AAAAAAGAAACAAAAUUGACUGCCUCAUAAUGAAGCCCCCAGCAGCUAUGGCAGUGGGCGAGGAACCUCCUAUGUUUCUUCAACGUCCAUCUACAGGAAAAUCCCAAGAUGUACGACAUAUUUUGGCCAAAACUUUUCGACAGCUCUACACAAGGGACACUAUUGGUCCUGAUACUGUAAAAAAUCUAAGUGUCUCAAAAGGUGGAGAUGAUGAAUAUCAUGAGAGAUACGUUGAACAGUUACAGAAGGUUUUUAAUGAACGGCAAAAGAGAUUGGAAGAAGCUGCUCAAUUGGAGAGGCAUAUAAUGCAAGCUCAGGCUCGAGCUAUGUCGGCAGAUGAAAGAGAGCUCAACCGAGUGUCCAAAAGCUGUGAUAAUUAUAGCGAGCUUGGUCUUCCACCUGUGAAAUCCUCCUUCAGUUCAUGCAUUGAUGCUGGACUUCUAAAGAAACAUAAAUUACUGACACCUGAGGACUAUUCAACAGAGGACCCAGCCAGUGUGCCCCCUCCAACAGAGCCCCUGGUGCCAAGUUAUGCCAGAGACACUGUUUCAUCUCAGCAGAGAAAGGACCUUGGGUCAUUGGAGAGACGGGGUGACACACCAUUAUUUCUCCCGGAGUUCCUCCGGCAGAGCACAGAUCUAGCUCUAUACGAGGCUGAAAACACAGAGAUACAAAAUGAAGAGACCCCAUCUCCUGUUGUUGAGUCUCUGAACAAACCUGUGGCUGCAUGGAAGCUGCAUUUGAGUGAGGAAAAAAGAGAAAUGGACAGAAAUGACCUGGCGAACUUACAAGCCAAGAUAAACUUCCAACGUAAUCCACGGCAUGUUCCCCCAUCAGCUCCCCCUGGUGGCAGAACUCUAAUUAAGGACAACAAACCAAAACCAAAAGAAAUUGGUAUUCAGCGGAGAGAGACCUGCAGUGUGGUACCUGAGCCUUCAGUUGUGUUUCUUGUCUCUCCACCCAUUGUCAGGUUCACAGAUUACAAAGUGGGCCAGGUUUAUGAGAUCACCCUGGAGUUGAAAAAUGUGUCAGCUUGUCUGCGUCAGUGUCGUGCUUUGCCUCCAUCUUCACCCUACUUUAAUAUUGGACUUGGUCAGUUUCCGGGGGAGCAUGGGUUAGUGGCCCCAGGGAUGAGCUGUCACUAUGGUAUCAGGUUUGCACCUGACUCCUUGAUUGACUAUGAUGAUGAGAUAAGGAUCCAGACUCAGUCCUCUGAACCCAUUAUUGUCCCCCUGCAGGGUCGACGUCAGCCUCCUCUCAUAUCAUUACCAAAGGUUCUGGAUGUUGGGCACUGUUUGGUGGGAGGUGUCCACAUUGGUCAGUUCAUUGUGAAGAAUGAGGGAGGAAGUGGACGCUUCUGUGUUAUACCCCGCUCUUCCUGGCCAGCAACCAACUUCAAGAGUGUGGUCACCAAUGGCAAUGUAAAGAUCCCCCCUUUUGAUGUUCGCCCCUCCAUGCUGGAGCUGAUGAAGGGUGACACUGGGAUGCUGGAGGUUGUGUUUGCUCCUCAUUCUGUCCGCAGUUAUAGUCAGGAGAUAACUAUUGUCUGUGACAACUGCCAUGUGAAGCACUUCACACUUAAAGGUGAAGCCCAGAAGGCAGAAGUUGAGCUGUUAUCUGUAGAGCGUGGACUGUCGGCUGUAUUGCCUGGUGAACUAUCUGAUGUGUCUGCUGAGAAUCUGAUCAGAUUUGAUGAGCUGAAUCCUUUUACCUACACGGACAGGAGUAUUGUUGUUAAAAAUAAAACGGAUGUGGAGCUGCCAUUUCAGUGGAUGAUUUACAAACCAGACAUGACUGACACAGAUGAACUGGAUAAGAAACCUGACCGAGUGCCAGAUGUGGAUUCAGUCUUCAGUGUCCACCCUCCCAGUGGCAUGCUCCCACCAGCAAAGGACAUGGAAUUCAAGAUCACUUUUGCCCCUCCAGUGGUAGAUAUAUUCCACAGUGUGCUUCAUCUUCUAUUGCAACAAGUGCCACCAUACAAUGGAAAUGGUUCAGCACAGUCUGCCAAGAGUCAGAAGCAGUCUCAGGAACAGAACAGUUCAAGUGGAGAGGAAACUGAGGAGGAUGAGGAGACUAUGUCAGAGAUGUUCAUGAACUCAGACUUGAAGCAGUUCAAAGAUGUGACCGCUCUGGAGAUAGAGGUCAAAGGUAAAAGUGUACCUCUGAAUGUUGUUCUUCAUCCCUAUGCUGUGUAUGCUCCAGGCCAAAACCUUGUAGGCACCACUAUAAAGAAACUAGUCACAAUGGCUAACCACAGCAGGUCCACCAUAACAUUUCAGUGGCAACCACACCACGAGAAGACCAUUAUUGAAGUGGAGCCACCAUUUGGAGAACUUGACCCAGGAAUGGCAAUGGACCUGGAAUUAAGCAUCACAGGUUCAGAACCAGGCAAAGUGGACCAAACAAUGUACUGCUAUGUUAUGAAUUUAGACGAACCCCUCCAUCUCCAUGUGGAAGCAGAAUUCAAGGGUCCAGAGAUUGCAGUGGAGGAGCCUGAUGUUGACUUUGGUUUGGUGCGACUUGGAGAAUUUGUGACAAGGGAGAUCACUCUGACAAACCUUGCACAGGUUGUGACAGUAUGGAGUAUACAGGAUGUGUCUGAUAAUUACAGCAGUGAGGACUCAAUGGCUGAGUGUGAGUUUAAAUUCACCCCCUCUGGUGGUGAGUUAAAACCUCUGGAGAGGAAGAAGAUCACCAUAGAAUUCAAGCCUUCUUCUGUUCACACACUUAAAGCCAUCUUUGAAGUGCAGGUGGAAGAUGGGAAUAAAAUUAAUGUUGCUGCCGUUGGGGACGUGCAGACUCCAGCUGUGUGCUUUUCCUCCUGUCAGAUCUGCAUGGAUGAGGUUUAUAAAGGAGUCCCUGUCAAGUACCAGGCAAUCCUCAUCAACCAAACUUUACUGCCAUCUCAGUUUUCUCUGGGACAGGUGGAGGGAACCCAUACUGAAGAUUGUGGUAUAGAACUGGAUGUUACCAGUGGUCUGCUCAACCCACGGGAGGAAAAACCCAUAACAGUCAGCUUUGUAGCAUACAAAGAGGGUGAGUUUUCUGACCUUCGAAUCCCAUGUAUGGUGGAGGGGAUUGAGAGUCCUUUAUACCUGGGUUUGUUCUGUGAGGUCAAGGGCCUGUCUGCUAACUUCAAGGUCUCCUCAAAAGGACACAUGGCAAGUAAUUUUUCUGCUGAUCUACACCUGGACUUUGGUGAAGUUGAGGUAGGGUCUACUUCAAAGCUGUAUCUCCACAUCAGAAAUGAGUCGGCCAUUAUGGCCCCUUACACUGUAGCUAUAGAGUACUUUUCUGCUAAACCCCCCACCCCACCACAAGAACCUGUAGACAGAAACAUGACCACUUGUCAGAGAAGGGCCCUUCUACAGAAGACCCCCAAUCUUGCUGAUCCUAUGGCAAAGACCUCAGCAAGGGCAGCCAGUGAUUCAUACCGAAUCAUGCUGAGUCAAAAUUUAGGAGCUGCAUUUGUGCCUAGUCCUUCCACAGGAACAUUGAUGCCUUUUGGAGAGGAGAUCAUUGACGUGACAUCUUUUUGUGAUAUGUGGGGCAAAUACUCAGAUAUCAUGACUGUCAAGGUGGGAGACAUGUCUGCAGUUUCCAUUCCUAUUAGCAUGACCGCUGUGGGCUGUCCACUCAAAUUCCAAAUGACUGCAGCUCAGCCUGACCAGAAACCCAUCAUCAGGUUUGGUACUCAUGUUUCCGGGGUAGCCCCUACUAACAGAACAAUGAGGGUCAACAAUACCAGUCCUUUUGAUUUGCGGGUAGACUGGAGUAUAUUCAAUGUGGAGAAAGAUGACAAGAAAACUCUGGAUCUGCUUGUGACGUAUGGGGAAGCUUUCCCCAAACUGGACAAUAGAGGCAAGGAAAUUGUACCUCCCUGGGAAGUGCCAAAACCUGUGAAGAGACAACCCUCAGACUUUUUACCAAACACUCCAUCCACCUCGGCUGGAUCCACCCGUACACAAGUCAGUACUAAAACAUCACAACCCAUCCCUACAGAAGCAGAGCUGAUGGCCAAGAGGAUUCCCAUUGUGUCUGUGUUUUACCAGGCCCAUGAGGGUGUGCCAGCUGAGGCUCCAUACAGUGUUAAAACAAAACAGCUGGUUAUCCCAGCCAGAGGCUUUGCAAGUGUAAACUUUACUUUCACACCAUUCCCAACAGAAGAAGUGAUCAAGGACAUGGAUUGUUAUGGCUUUGCCCUAGGUUACAUGAGCUUGGAUAAGGGAGCUUAUGUGGAAGGUAAAGUGGAGAGAGGUCAAGUAUACAAUGUGGAUCCAUUAAAAUUAGAAAUGACAGCCCACAUCAAACCAGCACUAUUGACCAUUGAGUGUCAUGAUGAUGAAGGUAUGAGGUACAGAUCAGCCAUGAGUGAUCUGCUACAGGCAGAAGGCCAGGUAUCCAGUGAGAGUUUAAGAAUCAGCACUGCAAUGCUGUCCAACAACACAGAGACCCCUCUAGUAUUCAGGAUGAUGACCACCAAGCCAUUCUUAAUGGUGGAUGUUGAUCCCUCUACCAAUGAGGAAUUGUCUGAUAGAACAACAGCUACUCAGAUGCAGACUCUACGACCUAACCAUAACCUUAUUGUACAAGUGGCCUUCCAGACCAGCCUUGACCUCCUCCCACUGAAUGAAGGGUCACGCUUGUCAACUGCUGAUACUGCAGAUACAAAUGUCACAGAAGGACAGAAAUUAGAAAUCCAGGACAACCUUGUUAUAGAAUUUAACAACUCCACUACACAGAGAAUUCCUCUGUAUGCCACUUUAUCCCUGCCUCAGAUGGAACUGUCAACAGAAUCCCUUGACUUUGGUACAUGUCUGGUGGGUCAGAGACGUGAACGACAGAUCAUCAUUUAUAACAGAACAGCCUCUCACUCGUAUUGGACCUCCUACAUGGACAACUGUUCUGACACAUGUGCACAGAAUACAUUUUGUGUAGAGCCAAACUCUGGAACCUUAGAGGCCCACAUCACUCAUAUCAGUAACAGCAAAACACUACUCAGGGUGUACUUUACUGCCAAGCAUGCUGAGAUGUAUGAGGGAGUGUAUAAGUUCUGUGGACAGCUUGGAGAGGAAUCCCGUACACUGUACCUAUUUGGUCAGGGAUCGUAUGAUGGGAAGCAUGAGGCAAUCCUCAAUGUGUAGACAUUUCACUGAAGGCAUCCUCAGUUUGUUAAUAGAUUGCAACAGCAGAGAGUUCCUGUCUGUGAAACAAACACAUUAUAUAAUCCACUAUAGUGGUACAUUGUAAUACAUAUACAUGUAUAAUGUAUUUUAUAAUGUUUAAUUUAUCCAUUUGCAGAUGCAUGUAUCAUGAAUUGAUGGGUGAUCAAGAAUACAAUUAUAAAGUAAAUAGAUCUGAAGUGUUUAUGUGUGAUUUUUUUGUUAAAUAUUAUAUUUUUCAUUUUUUUUUUUUCAAAUUCACAUAUUGUCUCUCAGUCUU